GCUGGCUGUUUCGCUGAGAGAUCUCACUGCCUUCCGCACACCUGUUAGCUGCAACCACCUGACCGAGCACCAGAAAAAGAACACGAACGAGAGAGACUGGAUAUGGACCUUUACGCAAUCAUCACUGCUGUUUUGCUUCUGCAACUGCAAGGUUUUCAUGUGGCCUUGCUCCAGGCACCAACAAACUCUCCAGGACGUAUGAUUGAUCAAAGUUGGCUUCGUCAAUUGGUCAAAUCCAAGCUCAACAAGACGUCACAAGCUCAGUCCAAUGACAUUGUUGAUAUGAACCAGGAGGGUACUGAGUCAACAGAUGACUCUGCUUGGGCUAUCACAGAUAGCUCCGUGUCAUUUAGUGGGGAACAGGAUGACAUCCAGGACACAAAUGAGACUUCAGGUGGUGUGACGAUUGGCACAGCAAUGCCACCAGGGUUGCCAGAUGCUACAGCAGAGGACUCUGAAUCUUCAGCGACCACUGUUGAAUCUCCACAAAUCACUGUUGCACCAGAACUCCCAGUGAGUGUCGCCUUAAACUCAAGCCAAGUUUCCAAUGCAACUGGAGAGGACAGUGGAUUCCAAACUACCACCACCACUCCAAUCACAGAAAACUCAAAUGGCUCUAAUUCCAUGUCCAAUGACACUGAAUUAAAUGAGACAACCACAGCUCCAGACACCAAUAGCACAGAUGAGGCCAGUCCAGAUCCUGAUGCUGAGAAUGGGGUAACCAACAGUACAGAGGACAGCCAUAAUGUAACGACUGCAGUACCAGAAGUACCAGAGCCAUCCAGUGAACCAUCCACAGCUUCCCCCACCACAGAGCUCCCCUUGGACUCCCCUGGGACUACAACUGCCAAAAUCAUCACACAAACUACAACAACCACAGGUCCCAGCACAACGACAUCCAUGAUGGAAACUGGUGCCGCUUCAGGGAACAACUCUGCGAGAGGCUUGGCCUCAGAUGCAGUGCAGAACAAGAAGAGGAGUGAGGCAUGGGGUGCCAUCCUGGGCACAGGAGUGGCAGUGUGCUUCGUGGCGAUGGUGGUCUAUGUCAUCCUGAGAAGGAGAGGCCGAUGGAAUUUCACACACAGGAAGCUUGUUGAGGAAUUCCCCUCAGACCCAGUUCCACGACUGGACAACAGUGAGCCUUUGGACUUGAAAUAUGAUGGUUCAGCUUACUACAAUCCUGGACUCCAAAUGGACAACAUCCAAAUGGCCAACUUUCCACGAGGACAUCAAAAUUGAAAAGGACUCCAAGACUAACCUUAAACACUUUAAAGAAGACUUUCAUAUACAAAAUACUUAUUGAGACACGACAUACGCAUUAACGUGCAUAAAUCUCUAUAGCAGAAUGUUAAGUCAUGGAUUUACUGCACCCUAAUGCAUUGGUUAUGUGGGCUUAGAGCCAAAUUAGGGGUGUACUUUUUUGUAAACUUUGGGAAUUUAGAAAUGUGUUAGGAAUGUAUUAAUUAUUAUUUUGGAAAAUUAGAAUUAUUUGUACACACCUGAUUUAAGGUUAUGUUGUGUUUUUAUUUCCAAAAUUACAAUGGUUUCGAAGGAAAGUUUAGAAAUUUGCCGGCAAUAUUCCCAUUCUUUGUUACCCCUAAAAUGAAUACCAACUCUACGUAAUUUAGACGUCCACAUAGUUCUUGCAUGGAUCUCAAGUUUGGAUUCUAGACACUUCAAUACAGUUUAUUAUAGAAGUAGCAAAAGGCAAAAUUAAGACUUGAUUGUCUGCUAUAUUUCCAAGAUGGUUUGACAAAGGGAACAAAAAAUGUCUUAGACAUGAAGACCUGCACUCAAAUAAGGUUAUUUCUGUACCUUAUUCUAAAUUACAAUUAAGCCACAGGGCAACUCAAUAUAAACAUUAACAUACUGUAGUAUCAAUUUUUUUAAUCAACCCAAAUGAGAAGUUAUUAUACUGUACCUCUGUUUAUUACAUCCUCACUCAAGGCGCUUAUAUGUAAAGAGAAAUUGCCACUGCCAUUAUCUUUAAUGGCUGACUAGUAAAGCCAGGACAAGGAAAUGGUCCAAUUCACACACUUAUCAACAGAACAUCCCUGGUACUCACUAAACACAAAUGCUUGGUUU